CAUCUUAAAACUGGAGUUUCCACCCUAACAGGUCAAGACAACAAACCUGAACCCAAACACUACAUCAAACUUAUCCAGGAAUGCACUGCCCAGAACACAAAGGGCGAGUUUUCCACCUGCUUUAUGAAGCUACAGUGAGACUUCCUGAAGCAGCGUACAACCAAACUGAAGAGCCUCAUUCAACUCAUCAAGCAUUGGUACCAACUGUGCAAGGAGAAGCUCGGGAAGCCACUGCCACCACAGUAUACCCUGGAGCUGCUGACGGUGCAUGCAUGGGAACAUGGGAGUGGAAAAUCUGAGUUUGACACAGCCCAGGGAUUUCAUGCUGCCUUGAAAUUAGUCGGGGACUACCGGCUGCUGUGCAUCUACUGGAUGAAGUAUUACGACUUUAACGACCGUAUCAUUUUUGAUUACCUGACCAGGCAGCUCAGGAAACCCAGGCCUGUGAUCCUGGACCCGGCUGACCCGACAGGAAACCUGGGUGGUGGAGCCCUGGAGGGCUGGCGGCGGCUGGCAGGAGAGGCUACAGCCUGGCUGACCUUCCCGUGCUUUAAGAAAUGGGACGGGUCCCAAGUGGGCUCCUGGGCUGUGCUGGUGUGCUUACCAACUCCCUCCGGAUUACCCACAGGAAAAGGAGGCUCAGAGAGCCAGCAAAUGCUCCAAGGCAAAGAGACAAUGUCUGCCCUCCUGUGAAUGCAUCUGCACCUGAAGGGAGAGGGAACAGACUCAUCCAGACAAGCCCCUCCUGGCAGGCAUCCAGAGAGGACAUGGUGCCACUCUAAGGUCCUGAGUGCCCAACCCAGGACCAGGACCCAGUCCUCCUGAUCCCUGCCUGCCCCAAUCUUUUAGCUUCUUCCUUCUCAUGGAGAGCACUGCCCCACAGCCAGCCUCAUCCUGACUUAAUCCAUGACAAUAUUCUCUGAGAGAUAACAGGAGUUAUUUAGACAAGAGAGAGGAAUACAGCCAUGACGUUCAUCUGUGUCACUGGUGCAAAGGCUCUGUCCAAUUUAUUAUCAAUAAUAAUGAA